AUGGUGGGGUCACAGGCGAUCAUUGCAUACCCCAAACCUGAUGGAAGCAUGAAUGUCUACACUUCACCAAUCAAUCGUUACGCCACAAAGUUGCAAGAAGGCAAUCUGAGCGUACCUGUCUACGAUUUAUCUGCCUCUUAUUCCAACGUGAACAGUGAAAUUACUGUUUUUGCUACUUUUGUGCUUCCUAGCAAUACCACUACUAUAAACCAUGUUUGGCAGGAUGGUCCUUUACUUGGGACUACUCUUGGAAUACAUGGUGUUUCACCAAAUCAUCUUCAAUCUACGGGGAUGCUAAACCUUUCUUCCGGACAGACGGUCACCGCGAAAGGAGGGAAAACUCAAAGAUCAUCAUACGGAAUCUGGGGGAUGUUGAUGCCAAUUGGAGUUAUGGUAGCUAGGUACUUGAAGGCUUUCCAACCAAAAUCAAGCACAUGGUUCCGCCUUCAUCGUGGUUUGCAGUCCUUCGCCUUCCUGCUCGGCAUAGCCGGAUGGGCAACUGGUCUUUAUCUUGGCGUCACUUCUCCUGGUGUUCAACAUAAGAACCAUAUGGCCAUUGGCACCACCAUCUUUGUCCUUGGACUGUUUCAGGUUUUUGCUCUCUGUCUACGGCCCAAGCCGGACCACAAGUACAGAUCUUACUGGAACAUGUAUCAUCAUAUUGUUGGAUAUGGAGUUCUGGGUUUGAGUGUGGCCAAUAUCUUUAUAGGAUUCAGCAUCCUACAUCCCGGACAAAUAUGGAAGAUUUCCUACUAUGUCACACUUGCCCUUAUCAUAGUUUCAGCGCUCCUAUUGGAACUUUUUUCCCAGGUCAAAACGUACAUGCAAGCCAGGAAGAAGCCAAAUCAAGAGAAUGGAGCUUGA